GUACAUCUGACGCAAUAAAUCGAAGUUUUAAUGUAAUUAAUUGCAAUGAAAUAUCAAUUGACUUCCGUUUCCUAUUGUCGUUUUGCAGUCAUAGAAUCGCUGACGACGUAACACCACCGAAGGUUACAGCUAAGGCUGGGACCACACGAACGCACGAAGUACGUCCGUUGCAACGCACGUGUUUUAUAACGGACGUUGCUGAGGACACCACACGAUAGCAGAAUGUGGAGUGUAGUUUUUUGUCUGUAAUGGAGUCAGAAGAAAGCGUAGCAUUCGCCUCUCUUGUCUAUUUCUAUUUAAAAGCAAGGAAAACAAGAAAAUGGUGGGUUCAUCCCAUAAACUCUGUGAGACAUCGCGAUGGUUACUUCUACACACUGUACACACCCCUACGAGAGGAUCCUUCAGGGUUUUUUAAUUACUUUAGAAUGAAAGUGAGCACGUUUGAUGAACUUCUGUCUCACGUUCAAGACCAUUUAAAGAAGAGUGAUAGUAACAUGAGGGCAGCUAUAAAACCUGAAGAGAUGCUGGCUAUGACUAUCAGGUACCUUGCAAGUGGAUGCAGUUUCACAGACCUACAUUACAGCUAUCGAGUCGGUAGAUCAACAGCCAGUCAAGUCGUACGAAGAGUUUGUCAAAUUAUCUGGCGUGUACUGAAAGAAGAAUGCUUUCCUACACCAAAUGAGGACACAUGGGCUAGAAUUGCACAAGGUUUUCAAAAUACAGCAUCUUUCCCCAACUGUCUUGGGGCAGUUGAUGGCAAGCAUAUCCGUAUAGUUAAACCUGAACGAAGUGGGUCGUUGGACAUGAAUUACAAACAUUUUUCCAUUGGGUUAAUGGCAAUAGCCGAUGCAAGUUACAGGUUCAUUUAUGUUGACGUGGGUUCUUUCAGCAAAGACUCAGACUCCACUAUAUUCAAGAAUUCUUCACUUUGGAAACAGGUGGAGCUUGGCCUUCUAAGAAUUCCUCCACCUAAACAGCUGACUGGAAGUAAUGAAGCAGUACCAUUUGCUUUUGUAGGGGAUGAAGCAUUUCCAUUGUCUACACAUCUGUUACGACCAUAUUCCGGUACACACUUGCCAGUAGAGAAACGUGUCUUCAACUACAGAUUAUCACGAGCUAGACGCUAUGUGGAGUGUUCCUUUGGCAUUCUGUCAAAUAAAUGGAGAAUACUUCACAGGCCACUGGAUGUAAGCGUUGAUUUUGCAGUUGACAUUGUCAAAUGCUGUUGUAUUUUACAUAACUUUGUACGUGAUCGAGAUGGGUUCAAUUUGGAUGAUUCCUUGACUGUUUGUGGUUUAGAAGAGAGGCCUACCAUUAGUAGUUUUGUUGUAAAUAAAACUACCAAUCGUUUUCGAGAUAUGUUGACUAAAUAUUUUGUUAGUGAUAGUGGUAAAUUGCCAUGGCAGCUUGAGAGGAUUUAGAAAGAGUCUUAACUUCAUAUUCCCAUGUAAAAGCAUGUUAACAAUAACAUUAGAACAAUAUAAAGUACCUGCUGUAGUAUGGUAUUGUACUCACGAAUUAAAACAGCACUUAGACGGGAGCCCAUGCAACAACCUUUCAUAGGAGCUCCUCGACCGUUUUGACAUAGCGCUCGACCUUGGUGUUGCAAAACCCCUGGUAUCAAACGAGACUUGAAGUCAUGGGCCUGGCCACUAUGUAGCUUCUGCAGUACUCCGAAGCAGCAUAAGUAGUUGGUAAUCAGUGCUUUAACACUGAUUCAUUUUGAUUGGGAAUGGUGUAGGCUUUCAGCCAAUUGGUAAAAUAGUCCACAAAGAUCAUGACAUAUGGAUUUCUUGGUAGCUCUUUGGGAAGGGCCCUGCUACAUGACUACCCUUUUGAACUGGGUCCCAGUAUUUUACUGAUGCAUUUUGCCCGAUUCGUGGUUCGCCAUUAGCUACACAGGUGUCACACUGCUGUCACAAUUUCUCAACACUGUUUCUUACCUGGAGCCAGUAGUACCUUUGACAGAUCUUAUUUAGGGUCCUGUUGAUACCUAAGUGACCUCCUGAUGGUUCACCAUGUAGUUCAGUCAGCACAUCAUUCACUCUGCUGAGAGGGAGAAUUGUCUGGGCUAUUUUUGGUCAUCUGCCAAUGGAUUCACAGUGGCGCUCUAGUAUGCUGUUCCUCACAGCGAAGGAUUACCAUUGGGCCCAAUAGUGAAUGUACAUGUUUAAAGUUUCAUCAAUCUGGGGCAGUGUGAAGCAGUCUUUAUUGUUUAAAUCAUUCAGUUUUAUGUAAUCCACACAGAAGCACAGGUCUCUGUUCUUCUCCCGGGAGAGAAUGUUGAGGGGUGACCAGGGGCUGUCUGAUUCUUCAAAAAUCCUGCAUCGUUGCUUGUUGAAAAUCUCCCCCACCACCACCUGCCUUGCUAGUGGGAGUGUCUUCGAUGGUUAGCUAACCAAUGGGGCUUCCCCCCCGUCAAUAAGGUGGCACAUUGUUGGUUCCUCAGUAGUCAUCCUUCUUCAUAAUAAAGAUAUCUCUGUACAUGGUAAGCUCUUCCAACUCUCAGGAUUCAGGGUCAUUCAGGUUUGGCUUGGCUACCAGCAUGACUAGCUGACAGUGUGCCAGAGGGAUCCUGUCACGAGCUUCUGGUUGCAUUCAGGACUCAUGCGAUAUGUCUCCAGUUCACAGAGUGCAAAUAAGGAAGCUUCUCAUUAUACAGCUCUCUGUAGUAAUUUGUUACGCAUUCUCUACUAGUCAAUAUAUUAACUUCUUUGAAACUCUCUUCCCACAAACCUUCAUUGUUCUUUGUUUAGAUUUAGAGUCCAGAUCUCUCUCUCUCAAAGAACAAUAGGUCACCUUUUUCUAUGUUGUGUUACUCUGCAUAGGUAGAUAUGUUAUGAUCACUGAACAGGAGCCCUACUAAAUAUACAAAAGUUCCAUAGUAUCUGAAGUUUGUUCUGAAUCAGAAAAGGGUGGAGGGUCUAUCUUUGAUACCUGAAGAGAAUAUACUAUAAAAAGGAUAAAUAAUUUAUGUUUGCAUUAUUUACAUAUUAAAUAUUAAUAUAUAUACUACUCAUCUCUGUGGCAGCUGGGUCUCAAAUGUGUACUGCCUUUUAUCACUCAAACACUGAGAUCAGAGGUUUGAAUUCCAAUUGGGGCAUGGGUGCACAUUAGUUUUUCUGUAUAUGUGUUGUCAAAUGUAUGAAGAGGAAUACUGUCAAAUAUCUAUAAACAAGAUCAGACUAUUAUGACUGCACUGGCCUGAUGAAAAAUAAAAUGACAAGACACUGGUGUGGCAUAUUGAAUAUAUAUGUAUAUAUAUAUUUUUUUAUGAUUCUUACACAUCAGAUCGCUUCUAAAAUCUUACACAGAAUGUGUUAUUACAAGAAGGAAGUUGUGAAGUAUCACUAUAAUUUAUUUACAAUAGGAAUUUUUAAAUUACAGUGGGAAAGAAAUAAAGUUUACAUUAGCCUAUAAAUAAUGUGAAGUCACUUGCAUAGAGGUCCUGAAAUUGUGGUUUUCAGGAAAAUAAAACACUUGCACAGACCAAGCUUCCCCACCCCACAAACACACAUCAAGAAAAAGGCUGUAGUUCCCAAAACAUUGAAGAGAUGACUGAUUUCUACUGCUUCUAACAUUCUCAUAAACAUGUAACAGGUACUGGAAGUUGCAGCUGCAAAGAAAAUCACUGGUUCCAUUUAUAUUUAUGAAAGUAGUAUGUUUUUAAUAAUUUUCAACUAAUUGGUCACCCUAUUUUGGUCCUCUAUGUAAGUGACAAUUUAUUUUAAAACAGGACAUGUCUUCAAAUCAAAGAUUUCUAAGUAUAUAAUGUAUAUAAACUUGAGUUUGUGACAGAUCUGAUAAAGAACAGCUGGACAAUCUUUAAUUUGAAGCAUGAUCCACACUGAAACAGAGAUGUAAAUCAUGGCAACAAAAUGAAUACAUUAUUGCAAAUUCAUAAAAAAGAAGACAAUUUCCAGAAUGCAUUUGUGCAGUUUCAUAAUAUGAAAUUUUAUGUUCUGUGUGCAGUAGAAAUACAACUUGAAUACAAAAGAAUACACACUCUGUGGGAGUGACAGAUUUGUUGCAUGUGCUUCAUUCUCACUUCUCAGUACAUCUUAUGUCAUUACUCCCAGAAAUGUCAUGCUCACUUGGGACAGAGUUGGGAAAGUUUAGCAUUCUGCAUUUGAACUGACAGUUAUAUUAACAUCACUGUAAUUCAAAGAAACAUGUCAAAAGGUGCACUUAACCUUAGUUUCCUUUUGUGUAGGUGGGGCAUGGGGGAGACAAGCAAUUUGUAAGCAUGGAUACAAUACCAAUACAUAUAAAUGAGAUUUAAUGUUUCCAUGGUGGUGGAAAGAUUGUGACCUUAGUUUUGGAGGAACCUCAUGACUCCAUCUUCAUUUGUCUUGAACACAGAGGCAGUAGUUUCCUCCAAAACACUGGUAACACCCACAAAAUUAUUUUGUGUCAUAAGUCAAAGAUAACAAUUUUUGUAUUAAAAGGAUGUAUAUAUGGAAAAAUAAAUUCAGUAUAUGGGUACAGUAAUUUUUACUUUUCAUGUAACAAAGGGAUUAAAUUCAAGUUUAGACUAAGUAUUAUGAUAAUGUGUAACUCAAGACCAGAGUAUCACACAGGUGUCCAGUCACCCAUGUCUCUUAUGGCACUGAUAAAAAGAAAUUUAAAAACAGAGUUUCUGUCACACAACUUCCACAUUCCUUACAUUUAUAUUUCAAACUUUAUUUAUCUUAUAACCAAGGAAAGUCAUAAAGAAGUUCAAACUGCUAAAUUCGUUUAAAAUAUUGUACCACACUUGCCCUAAAUUUCACGGUUCAUAACAAUUUUAUUUACUCCACACAUUACAGCAAUUUCUCAACUUCUUGCCUACUUUACAGUCACAUGAAGGGAAUGGUAAUGAAUACUUAUUUUGACAUGCAGCAGUAUGUAGCUAUUACCAGUUUUAUUACAGGUGAAGUUGCUGCUGUGAUUGAUUAAGCACCAUAUCAUGAAAACUUAUAUGGGAGUGGAGAUAUAGCUUCAAGCACUUUAACCUCAGCACUGGACGGAGGUGAGUGGUCAGCUUUACUCUUGGUACUUGUAUGUGGGAGGCUUGGUGGGCCCCAAGACUGGUCUAGAUACACUGAUUAAACAGAAAAAAUUCUAUUCCUGCUUGGAAUCUAACCUCAACUGACCAUCCUGUAGCCAGUUACUGUACUGACAGAUCCAAUCAUACAAGUAUUAGAUCUGAAAAUCAAAACUAUAAAUGUAUAGUAUAACUGAUACGAAAGUUGUUAAAAGUUUAUCACCUACAUACACGCUUGUAUACAUAACAAUCACUCAGCUGAGACAAUUAUCAUUUUCUGUUUUGUGUAAUAAACAGAUGACACAUUUACACUAUACAUGCAUGCACACAAACACAUCAUUUGUUUCUAGAUGGCAGUUCAACGCAUAGAUAUAUUUUCUUUUCAGAAACAUUAAACACUGGACGACUGUAUUUUCUUUACAUACACAAUUUAUGUUUAGUUUUAUUUAAUUUGGUUUAUUGCAAACAUUCUUUGCAAAUCCCAUAUUUCUGUGGUCAUAGUACACACAAAAAAAUAUACUGCAAAUAAACUUGUACUGUGGCUGUAUAUUUAUAAGCAAUAUUUCAUGGAAAAUAAUUAUGGAUCCAUUGGCAUACAGUGGAGGCCUGAUGUAAUGAGUACAGCCUAUAAUGAGCAUUUCAUAUUAGUGAGCAUAACACUAACAGUUUUAACUACAUCAUGCAUAACAGUAUUUAUCACUUUCAACUUCAGUACUUUUUCAGAAUUUUCAUUUUAACAGAUGCUUUUCUAUGCUUCCUGGAUUAAUAUACAGAUGUGGCUUAGCUGCUAAUUCAUAUUCCUUGAGAGUCACAUGAGCACUUCUGGCACCACAACAUUCUAACUCAUUAGGAGCAUGGAUGGAUAGAGAGACAAUAAGAAUCUUCAUCAACAUUCUCAGUACACAUGGGAGUGUCCUGUCAGUGCAUCACAUGAAAUAACAAAGAAAACAAUCAAAAUGUUCUUUCGCCUAGGAAAUGCAUGGCCUGGUGUGGUGGUACUAUACACCAACCUGUAGGACUGGGCUGUUCCACUUCCCUCUGGACUAAGAAAUGACAUUUCAUUAUUUUGAGCUGAAUCACAAAGACAUUCAGGUUCACUUGAGAGAAAGAUGUGUAGAAAGGUGAAGAAUGGAUAUAUUGCACUUUCAGGUAUAGGAAUUGUUACACUUUUAUGCUGAGAAUCACCCCCCCCCAAUACAAUUACUUCUCUUACCCCAUAUUUACAUGUCUUCACAGGAUAAAAGUUAGAAUUUGUGCAGAACCGAGUUUUGGUAAGUGAUCUUGGAAUAACGUGAUAAACUGCUGUCUUACUGGGUUCAAACAAAAGUGGAGCCAGCAGCAGCCUAUGAUUUAGUUUAAAGAAAAUCUCUAUGAAAGGUGCUCAUUAGCU